AAAUCCCUUUAUUUUCCUGAAUAUCAUUAUCCAUCUAUUCAUCUCCUUUCUUUCUUUCAUCCUCUCACAACCCAAAUACAAAAAAAGAAAAGAAAAAGGGGAGUAAAAAUGGCAUCAAUGAUAAACCUAUCCAACACCUUCCUCCACAGAAACCCACCACCACCAUCAACACUCUCCAUGAAACAGGUAUCAGCAUCUGUGAACCCUUCUCACCCAAAAUGGACUUGCAGGAAGAAAGACAUCCACCCAGAAUUCUACGAAGACUCCAAAGUCUACUGCAGUGGAGAACAUGUUCUGACAACAGGUGGGACCAAGAAAGAAUAUGUUGUGGAUGUUUGGUCGGGCAACCACCCGUUUUACCUGGGCAGCCGGUCUGCUAAUUUGAUUGAUGCUGAUCAAGUUGAAAAGUUUAGAAAAAAAUUUGGUGGAUUGGGUGGGUUGGAUCAGCUUAUGCAGAUUCCUACUCUUAAGGGUGAGGUCAUUAUUCCCCCUAAGCGAAAACCCGCUGGAAAAGGCAAGAAGAAAUAAAUUCAGGGUUUUUUUUUGUGUUUUUUUAAUUUGUAUCGCUUUUUAUUUGUUUUUCGAAACCCUUUAGUACUUGCUGCUGCGUAAUUUUGAAUUGCUCGUAAUGAAAUGUUUGUGUUUUACUU